UUUGAAAGCUUUCAAAGAAGAAAAGGAAAAAUUAUCAAAUGCAGAUCAGUUCUAUCUUCUACUCCUUGGAGUUCCUAGCUACCAAUUGAGGAUUGAAUGUAUGCUGAUGUGUGAAGAGACUGCUGUUCUGCUGGAGAUGUUGCAGCCCAAAGCAGAAACAAUAAGGAAGGCUUGUGAAGAUCUCCUCUCAAGUCAACGGUUGCCCGUUUUCUGUCAAUUGAUCCUCAACGUUGGAAACUUCCUGAACUAUGGAAGUCACACAGGAGAUGCCGAUGGCUUUAAAAUUGGUACUUUGCUCAAGUUAACAGAAACUAAAGCGAACCAGACUCGCAUUACACUGCUCCACCAUAUAUUAGAGGAAGUGGAAAAAAAUCACACCGAUUUGCUUCAGCUUCCCAAAGAUCUUGAAUGUGUUUCAAAGGCAGCUGGAAUCAAUCUAGAUGUUAUUCAUUCUGAAUCCAGCUCCAAUAUAAAGAAAUUGCUGGAACUUGAAAGGAAGCUGUCAUCUUCAAUUGAAGAAGUGAAAGCCCAAUAUGGAACAGCCAUUCAGGAGAGCUUAACUGCGAACCAAAAGCUGGAGGAUGAGUUUGAACUCGUUGAAGCUAAGAAAACAGAGCUUGCCAACUAUCUCUGUGAAGAUCCAAACAAAUUGUCUUUGGAGGAGAUAUUUAACACCUUGAAAACCUUCCGUGAUCUCUACAUCAAAGCACUAAAGGAAAACAAGGACCGAAAGGAACAAGCAGCCAAAGCUGAGAAAAGGAAGAAACAGUUGGAAGAAGAAGAAGCUAAGAGGCCAAAAGGGGAAGAUGGGAAAACCGUUAAGAAAGAAGCUGUCAAACAAGAGGAGGUGUGUGUUAUUGAUGCUUUGCUGGCUGACAUAAGAAAGGGAUUCCAGCUACGAAAAACAACCAGGAACAAAAAUGGCGUAAACACUCCCAUGAAAACUACACCUCAGAAGGGAAAAGUGAUUGACCAAAGCAUUCAGGAUGUGAAAGACCCAAAGCAAGAAGAUGAUUCAAGGACACAGAAUAAUUUACAGGACCAAGUAGAAAAUGCCAAGCCUUCGGAAGGGACUACCACAAAUGAGAAAUCUGAGAUGGCUACUGACUCAUUGAAUUUACAGAAGCCGCCUGAUGCCAUUGGGAAUGGCAUUUCUUCUCCAGCCCAGCCAGAUCCGGAAAAGGCCUCAUUACAUUCCUUUGUUUUGGAGGAAAAUAGACAAGCUCCAAAUGGAACAAAUCCGCAAGAGGAAAAUGACUCCUGUUCCUUUCACGAUGCCAUUGACCAUGAUUUAGUGUUGUCUCACUCCAUUACUUUUGUAGAGUUUACAAGUGAUAACUCAGCACAUUCUACCAGCCUGAAUAUUAAAGCUGAUGAGGUUGACUCAGGGGCCCCAGCUAGUAGAACUGAAUCUGAUGGCUCCUGGAACCAUUUAAAUUCAAAUGACCAGGUAAACAAUAUUCGUAGAAAUGAUGACCCAGGAGAAAAAAUACCUGAAAACACGAAACAGCUCACAACCUCUCAAGAAAUGGCCCUUGAAACUUUGGCCCUGCCAGAAGCAUCUAAAGUCAGUGAAGACCCUUCCUCAGAGUCCUUGUUGGACACGUCCCAGGACAAAUCCUUUUCAGAAGAGCCGGUAACUGAUUCUUCAUAUUCAGCAACGGUACCUUCAGAACAAGCCCAAGCUGGAAAAGAUGGCCAAAGAAGUUCAUCAAAGCGCAAGAAGAAAAAGAGGCACAGCAAGGGCCAUUCAACAGUGGUUGACACUGAUUUAAAAGCGAUGGUUGAUACUGGAGAUAAAAAAACAAAAAGAGUUUGUGAGAUACAGUGAGGCGGUGCAGCAAGACAGAAAAAAUAAAAAGCAUGCUAUUCAGCUAUUGAAAGGAGCCAUAGUAACAGGGUGCAGUUAAUUUUUGUCUGGAGGUACUUGAUAGAAGUAAUUAAUACUCAAAUAUAUGAUAUAUAUCCAGACUUGAAAGCACCCUCAGCCUGUGCCUUAUAUAAAAUUCUUAUCCCAAAAUAAUUUUCUGCUACUUUGAGGCCAUGGAGUCAACUCCCGAUGGACAAAAUUGUUCAACAUAAGGUGAAGGAGAUAUGAUCUAAGACACAGCUGGAACAAGUUGAAGUUAACACAGAAAAUAUUGGAAGUUUUAUGGCACCAAUCUCACGUUUAGACAAUGUGUCAGUUUAGGAAGUACGAUUCAACAAGGCCUGAUUUUGCAAAGAUCUGUAUUUUUGAGUUAACAACAUCCUUCAAUUUGAUUGUGCUAUACUUUCCACCAGGUUGGCGCAAGCAAUUUUUGUGAUACUAUCAGAUACAUAUCACAUUCCUGUUUUUACACAAAGACUUGUUACUCCAAGGAUUAGACAAGAGAGAUUUGUUUUAAAGAAAAUUAGUAAUUAUUCUGAUAUCACCAGUGUAGUUGUCUGCCACCUAGUGGCAAAGGUAUGCAAUUACUGUCCAUAUGAACACAUGAUAGUCUUCAUGUUUAUCCCAAACUUUCUCACUACAUGCACUACGACACUUCUUUUCAAGAAAACUUCCUCCCAAAGUAAUAUUAUUAAUGCAAUCAAUUUACACUUUUUUGUGAUGGUGAUAGUAAAUGUGUUUGGGGCUAGGUAUAUCUUUUUGUUGUUGCCGAUGUAUAACAUUAAUGGAAAUAUUUUAGAGUUAAUAUUGGGAAUGUGAUUCCCUUUUAUCAUAAAAACUAAAGUAAUUUUUAUAGUUUAUAAAUAUUAUUGAGAGAAUUGCAGAUUUGUAAAUAUCUGUUCCCUUUUGUAUGUUCACUUAUAUGAGACUGAAGGUAUAGAAAUUACUUUAUAAACUGAAUUUAGCAGUUAUAAUUUGGAAAGAAGAUAUUGACUGAGAGAGAUCCUGCUGAAAUAAAAUGGAUGCUGUGUUAUAGUGGGA